CGUUCGGUUGCUGAGCAGCGCACGCAAGUUGGUGGCUGGGGUGGCCGGGCGCGUGCCUGGGACGGUGUGCGGAGCGGGGCCACCGGACUGAGCCUCUCUCAGAGGCGGUUGGUGGGCGUGUGCCGUCGCGAGGUUUCGCCGCGAGGAAUGUGAGAAGCCCAGGUGGUUGUUUCCUCGCCCCCCCUUCCCCGGGAGCUCUCGCCGGCGCCGGGCUUUCCCCUCGCUCGUCUGCGGCCGCCGUUUUUGUCUCCCGCAGAGACUGUUCCCCGAACCACCACCACCACCAACCCGGCCUCCCCUGUCAGCGCCCCGCGUCAUGUCGUGAUCUCCGGGCGGACGUGUGAGAGACCAGGGAGGUGGCGGUGGCGGCUGUUGCUGCUGCUGCUGCAGCCGCCGAUGGGGCUGCUCCGGAUUAUGUUGCCGCCUAAAUUGCAGCUCUUGGCGGUGAUGGCGUUCGGGGUGUCCGUCCUCUUCCUGGAGAACCAGAUUCAGAAACUGGAAGAAUCCCGCGGGAAGCUCGAGAGGGCUAUUGCAAAACACGAAGUUCGGGAAAUAGAGCAGCGCCAUACAGUAGAUGGCUCUCGAUCAGAUCUUAUCCCAGAUGAAGAUGAUGAUGUAGUGAUUAUUUACAACCGAGUACCUAAAACUGCAAGUACAUCUUUCACAAACAUUGCAUAUGAUCUUUGUGCGCGGAAUAAGUAUCAUGUUCUUCAUAUCAACACAACCAAAAACAAUCCUGUUAUGUCUCUACAAGAUCAAGUACGUUUUGUGAAGAACGUAACUUCAUGGAAAGAAAUGAAACCAGGAUUUUAUCAUGGACAUAUAUCUUUCUUGGAUUUUGCAAAAUUUGGUGUUAAAAAGAAACCAAUAUACAUCAAUGUCAUAAGAGACCCUAUAGAACGGCUGGUUUCUUAUUAUUACUUCCUGCGCUUUGGUGAUGAUUACAGGCCUGGACUCCGAAGGCGAAAGCAAGGGGAUAAAAAAGUAAAAACCUUUGACGAAUGUGUUGCAGCUGGAGGUUCAGAUUGUGCUCCGGAGAAACUCUGGCUUCAAAUACCAUUUUUCUGUGGGCAUAGCUCUGAAUGCUGGAAUGUGGGAAGCAGAUGGGCUUUGGAACAAGCCAAAUACAACUUGAUUAAUGAAUAUUUCCUAGUGGGAGUUACUGAAGAGCUUGAAGACUUCAUUAUGUUGCUGGAGGCAGCUUUGCCUCGCUUCUUCAGGGGUGCUACAGAAUUAUAUCGAACAGGUAAAAAGUCUCACCUUAGGAAAACCACAGAGAAGAAGCUCCCCACAAAAGAAACCAUUGCAAAGCUCCAGCAGUCUGAAAUCUGGAAAAUGGAGAACGAGUUCUAUGAAUUUGCUCUUGAGCAAUUUCAGUUUGUGAGAGCCCAUGCCGUUCGAGAAAAAGAUGGAGAGCUAUAUAUUCUGGCACAAAACUUUUUUUAUGAAAAGAUCUACCCCAAAUCGAACUAAGGACAAUGCAUAUUUUUAGGUUAAGGAAACAAACCUUGUGGUCACAUCCUCAGCACCAAUUUGUAGAUGAUCGAUGAAUCCACUGAAGUGCUUUGAUCUUGAGCUCGGUAGAGUGCACUGUAUGUUGCUGGAAGAAGAUAGCUGAAGACUAGACGUUGAUCACCUCUAAGUUUAAACUUCAGUUUCUUUAAUAUUCUGAAAGAAGGUUAUUACCUAGACCUUGCACAAAGAUUUACAGAAAUUAAGCACAUACCAGUUGUAGCUGAAGUUUAGGUGAAAAACUUCCGUUUAUUGUCUUCUUGAUUCAUAGGACAGCUUCUUUUAUCUAACGCAGUGCAGAGAGGAGUUGGUUCAAGAUGGAAAUUUGGGUUGUGUACACUUAUGAAUAAUAUAAAUAACUGGCCGACAUUUGUGCUUUGUUCUUGUGAAUUCAUAUCACCUGACAUUCGUUGGAAUGUUCACCUUCUAAGAAAUGAUGCAGCUGGACGUGCCCGAAUUUAUAAAUAAUGGAUUUUCAUUUUAAGAAGUUAGAACUGGUCACCAGUGUUUUUUUUUUAAAAAAAGCAAAUCCUAUAGUAAUAUUGUAAAAAAGGCUGAAAAUCACUCAGUAUUUCUUUAAUAUCUUUUGAACCUCCGUGUUACAUUGGAAAAACUGUUAAGAAGUUAGGUUUUGCCUACACUUCAGUGUAAAACAGAUAAUGGAUUCUGUAUCAAUGUUACAUGAAUUCUUUGUAUUUUUAACAACUACUGGCAAAUCCAUAUUCUGACUCAAACAGUGAGCCUGUGGUAUGGUUAGGGUUUUCCUAUUUAGAUACUUUUACCAGUAGAAUAUUUUUACUAAGGUGCUUUACAAUGUGUUUUAAAGCAUUGCAUUUGCAAAAGGAGAAAACAGCUGUAAAUAAUGCAUAUUUUACGUAUUGGACCAAAAGGUUAGAAGUAAAUUGUGUAAUGGGUAUUUGCACCAAUUUUGUUAGAUGAAAAGUAAAAACAAUCUAAUUUGCUGUUCAAGUGCCCACUUUGAAUUAAGAUUUGGACAUCACUGAAACAUGCUUCGGUGAUCUCAACAAAUUUAAAUACACAAUGUUUUUGCUCAGAAUCUCUUUUUUCUUCUUCACAAAACAACUUAAUCUUCAUCUUUUUAUCAUGAUUAAAAGGAAAAAGGAAAACUGAUGCAUGUGGCCUGGCCAAGAGAGAUAUAAAGAAAUUGAUAUCACUGUAUAAUCAUUGAACUGCCUUAUGUUACUUAGUAAAAUUGCAUUUGCCGCAGUUAGCACCUUAUAACACAAAUGAGAUUGUUUAGCAAUUAACAUUCUGAAAUGCUAUAUUUUAAACAAAAAUCAAGGACACUUGCGGCUCUUAAAAUUCCUUGUUGGUGUACAGUUCUACUUGAUUUUUAAAAAAAAAUAGCAUUAAGGUUUGAAAAGUUUUAAAACAAUCAGUUAAAAAACAGCCUUUGAAUUUCACAUUCAGUAGAGUGCUAAAAGUGUAGAUCUAUUGAGAGGAAAACAUUAUCAAAAGUGUGUAUCUAUUAUACAGACAAAAUAGGUUCUAUCUUUAAUUGAAUGUUUUAAUGCCAAAAAAACAAUAACUGUGAUAAUAAGGUAAUGAGACUGUUAAGUAAAGCUUUUACCUUUAUGUAUAUUUUACUUUGACUACUUCUUAAGAGAGAUUUUAAAAUGGCACUGCUUUCCUACGCAGUAUGCUUUUGUUUAGUUGACAACGGCUGAUUAUUUUACUUCACUGUAUUACCAUAAGUCUGACUGUUUUAUGGCCAUUUUAGUCCAGCUGAAUGAGUUAUGGGGAAAAUGCAGUAACUCUUACUAGACUAUUUAAAAUAUAUUAAAACUUAGGAACCUUAAGUGUGGAUGUUGACAGGCGAACAAAAAUCUUGAUUGUCCAGGCUAAUGGUUAUAUAGUUUGCCUGUUUUCCAUCCUUGUAUGCUGGGAAGAGAAUUUAAGAUUCUGCUUCAGAACAAGGGGUUGUGCAACAUAAUCUGAGCUUGUGUCACCAAGAAGAUAUAAAUGUGACACUGCAAAUUAUUUCCAAAAACCAGAUUACAUGGGGUAUCCGUCCUUGCAGAUUCUCCACUAUGUGGAUGUGUUUUAAAGGAAAGAGUGUUUGCCUACUAAUUAGACAUGAGUUGCUUUGCCUUUAGGUGUAUCUUUAUUACUUCAGGUGCAUUUUAGAGACUCAAGCAAUGAUAUCUACAGUUACCUGGAAUUAAGCCCUAAUUGAAUACAUUGGGAUUCAAUCGUGAAUGAAUGCAUAUGGUUAUCCUGGCAUAUUGUAAAAUAUACAGCAAGUGGGUGGAAAGGCCCUUUUUUAUUUCCUAAAUGCUUGUUUUGAAAGCAAGCUGUAGCAGAUGUGUAUCUUUUAGUUUAGUUAACUUAAAUCAUAAUGAAUUAUAUUUGGAUUCAUGAGAUAUCAUUGGAUACUAUAGUACUCCAUAUAGAGAAAAUAAUGUUUCUCGUAUAACUAUUUAGUGCUAGAAACUGUAUGAAAAGUUGCUGCAAUAUUAAGAUAUUGGCAGAAAAUUUUUAAAAAAAUGAUUGCAUUUAAAAUGAAACACAGUAUUUUGAGACCCACAACACUGCUAUUGCAUCUUACACUUAAAAACAUCUGCAUUUUAUUCCCUUUUAAAGAAAUAACUGAAUAAAGCUCUUAAUGUUUACAAAGUAAAAUAUAGGCUUCUAAACAUUUGACAUAUACUUACAAAUUACAAAAAAUUAAUUAAAGCAGGAUGUAGUUUACACAUUUCAACAGUAUUGAAAGUUUUAUUAAUGAAUUAUUUAUAUUCUUAGAGAAGCCUGUUUGACUAUGAUUUUACUUCACAACUAAAAGCAUAGUUUAAAAGGCCAAUUUCUAUUCAUUUAGAAAGAAUUUUUAAAGCAGUACUGUUUGAAUCUUCCCAGACAAAGAGAGGGUGGUUAGAGCUUUGAUCUUUAAAGAACUACGUUAUCUCGUUAGUUAAUAGUUAACAUUCUCUGAUUUUUGCUACAAUAAUUGACUUACUUGUUCCCUAAAUACUUUUCUUCUAAUCACUUGCUGUUUUUGGAUAUUCCAUUUAGAAUCCACGGAAGGUUUAGCUGAGCUUUUUGUGGGGGAAGAGAUGAAAUGUAUAACAAGGACAAAUAAGAUACUUUUUUGGGAGGGGGGGAGAUUCAAUGUGGCUGAGGUCUCAUUUUUAAUCUUAAACUUGAAUAUAGUUGUAAAAACGGGCAUACAGGAACAAAAGGCUGGGUCAAACUCAGGCUUGAUUUGAAAUGCCUUCCUGCAAUGACUAGAAGAUUUAAAGCUUAUUCAAGAAUUUUAAAAAUGUAACUAUGGAAGAUCUAUAGGAAUAUGCUUCAGCUCAAUUCUAUAUGCCCUUAUCCAUGUGGAAAUUAGUCUAUUUUAUGGGCAAUGUUUGUCUUCAAAUCUUCCCUAUCAAGAUCAGGAAAUCAAGGGUAGAAGUUGGCAUGGAUUGGCAUCUUCAGGUUGUAUUGAUGACCCAUCACCCAAUAGGACAUACAAUAUAAUGUGAUCCAGUAUACUUCUAAGGUGUUCCAGUAAAGGCUGUUAAUGGUAGAAUUAGCAUUAAAAAUAAACACCCUUUUCUCACUGUUUCCUGUUCUGGGAAUCUACAGAAAGACUUGUAAAAAUGAAAAAGUGUUUUGGUCUUAUGAUUUUUAAGUAUGUUUUUAAAUAAUUACAAAUAUAAAGUCUAGAUUUUUCUUCUUUGCUGCACACAAAGUGGAUAUAAAAAUUCUACACACCCCUGUUAAAAUGCCAGGUUUUUGAGAUGUAAAAAAAAAUCACACUAGGAUAAAUCACUUCAGAAUUUUGCCACCUUUAACAUAUAAGCUGUACAAUUCAAUUGAAAAACAAACUGAAAUCUUUUAGGGGAAAAAAUAAAAAAAUAAAAUGGUUGUUUUAAGUCUGCACAUCCUUAAACUAAUACUUUGUUGAAGCACCUUUGGAUUUUAUGACAUUCACUCCUUUGGGAUUGGAGCACAUCAGUACCGCCCAUCCUGCCCUGGAAAUCUUUACCCACACUUCCUUGCACAAGAGCAUAAAUCUGUCUGACUUGGCCAAAUUAUGGCCAAAAAUCCAACCUUAGUCUCAUCAGAUAACACAUUUUCCUGCAUGCUUUUUUUGCCAGACUUGGUGUACUGUAGUUUUUGCAAAAUCUAGCUGGGCUUGGAUGUUUUCCUUUGUAAAAUAAAAUUUAAAAAAGGCUUCCUUCUUGCUACCCUAAUCCCACAGGCCAGACAUAUGAAUAAUACAGGAGAUUGUUGUCACAUGUAGUACAAUAAGAUCUUUUUGAUGCUUUGUAUCUCUUCGCUGGCACAGCUGUUGCUGUAAGAGUAAAUGUCAGACAAAUCCUACAACAACUGAACUUCAUAUGAGCUGGAUCAGAAUCACUUUAAUUGAUGGCAAGUGUGUACUGAUUGCUAUUUAAUGUCACAUUUGAAUGAGAUUGGUUAAUUGUGAACACAGCCACAUCCCUAUUUAUAAGAGUAUGUGUGCAUGGUGAAGCAGCCAUGUUACUGUACUUUUUUUUUCCUCCUAAAAGAUUUCAGUGUGUUUUUCACUUGAAUUGUACAGCUUAUGUGUUAUAUUAAAGGCAGACAAAAUUCUGAAAUGAUUUAUCUUGGUCUGAUUUCUUUAUAUCUCAAAAACAUGGCAUUUUGAUAGGUAUGUAGACAUAUCCCUGUAGAGAAUAGUUUGCAUUUCAGGCAAAAUGUGAGUACUGGCCCGGAUUGCAUAUAGGAUUGACACUUGAAUAUUGCCAUGUCCUAAACGUGGUACAAUCUGUGAAAAGGUUGAAAAACAAUGAUAGAAACAACAGCUACUCUCUGCAUCUAGUAAACCUAUUUCUGUGCAAAUCUCUAAUUAUACCUUGUGGACUUCUGUUAUCUUCCAUCUCCUGAGAAAUAUGUGGUUCGCUCUCUUCAGUCUUUUCAGCAGUAUCAUUUUGACUGAGUUCCUCUUUUUCACCUAGGAUAGUACACGAAAUGUCUUCCUCUAAGUUGAGAUGUUCAAUGUCCAUCUGCAAGGAUGGAUCAAGAGAGAGGCUGCUUUCAGGUGUUUCCCCUUCUUCAUUCUUCUGUUCCUCCUCUUCUCCAGCAACCGUCUCUGGAGUUUCUAUUUCUAAGGGGGGUAUUGUAGGUGGGCUUGAUAGGAGCAAAUCAUGGUUAAGAUCUUUUUUUCAUCUCUCCUAAUGAUUUCUGGGAAUAAUUCUAAACUGAUUCUGAAGAGAAUAGCCAACAAACUGGAUCUUUUUGUUACCUCCAAAUUACUAUUACAUGAUCUAUAAAUGGAUUGUCCAGCCACCUGUAACCAUGGUUUGUAGUUGAUUACACGCUAUGGAACUGGAUGAGGGAUCAUGAGGGCCUAAUUUCCUGUUACAUCUGAAUUGUAUUAGGGUCUGUAAGCUCUGCAAUCUUUCAAUUAAUGGGUGUCCUGAAAAAACAGGAGUCCUCAUUGGUGACAUUCUAUAAAGAAGAUAAUUGAAUAAUCUCCUCCUAACUGUGAGUAAAAUCAUUUUUCCUUCAUACUGAGUAUGUGGGCUCAAGAAGCACCUUACCUCUUGUUUUUGUUGAUCAAAACUACAAACAUACUUUUUCUGAAACAUUAAUUUUUAAAAAAUUUAAAAAUAAAAUGAUGGUGUAGAGAAAUUAAUUAUCAAAGACUGUCAAAUAGUAGCUAAACAGGAUUUAUAUUUCAGAUUCUAUACUACACUAUUAGUAUUGACUUUCCCAUCUUAUCUUUCAGCAAGCAUAACUUGUUUCAUCAGGUUUUUUUUUUUAAGAUUGCAAAUGUCAAAUUAAGUUUGUAUUAAAUAUCAAGUAACAUAUUCCUUCAAAGUGGAGCCCAUACGAAAGAUAAUUAUUAGUCUGGAAGAUAAAAUUCCUUAAAAUAUUUUAAUGCAUGCAAUUAAAGAAUUUGAUUAGUAGGACCUCUUGAAUGAAGUUAAAAGAAUUGCUUUAUAAAUCUUUAGGCUAUGAGAGGUGGCUAGUGAUAUUCUGAUUAUAUAUUUUGUAAAACCAAAUAUAUGAAAUAUGUAUAUUGUAAUGUUUAUAGUAGUAUUCCCAAAUCCAGUGGAUUAUUAUCCAAAAGCACCAUGCCUGCAAGAGAUGGAGUCACAUGAGUGGGGGUUGCAGUUGUUCUGCACAUGAAUUUCUGCCCUGAAACAAAUAGAGAAACUUGCCUGCAAAAGGGCAAUGCGUCCGAUUCUGGAAUUAAAAAGGCAGUUGUGGAAAGUAUUGUGUAGACCUUGUGUGUGUCUGCUUCACAGAUUAAAAUUGCCUCUUGCUAAGCCGUUUCUGUACAUCCCCAAAUUUGAACAUACUCCUGCCUUUCAGUAGACGACAGUGUAGAAUCAGCUUUUUGAAAUCAUGUGCAUUGAAGAACAAAUACAUUUCAACUGUUACACCUUUUCUCCUAAUACAGGUAGUCCUCAACUUACAACAGUUUGAUUGGUGACCGUUCAAAGUUAAAAUG